AUGCCUACGCAUCGAUGCAUGAAGCUCCUGAAGGAGAAUUUCUUGGAACUUUUCAUCCGCCAUUUUCAAGUCUUUGCUUGUGGAUUGGCCAUGGGCGCCAAACGGACAGGUGCUUGGAAUGCCGCCCUGUUUUUGGUCCUAAAAAACACAACUGCGAAUCAAGGGCUAAUGACCAGAUUGCGAGAUGGUGAUAUCCAAGAUAUUAUAGGCGCUAAGAAAGUCGUUGUAUUAGCAUUAGCUGCCCAAGGUUACGACACCGAGUUCAAGAGUAAGCAAUCGUUCCCUACAAUUUGGUAUUUCUACACCAAGGGCUUUUAUAUCUUCGCUUCAGUUACACACAGGUACAUCAGCGUUGUGAAGGUCCAUGUUCCAGGCUGCUUCCACACUUUCUUGGUCCUAGAUGCCAGUGACGUGUGUCAGCCGCGAAGGCGUGAGCCCGAUUAA